GCGGGGCCGUAGGAGCUCCGGGACCAACCGGGACCCACUGGGAUCCCCCCCCCGAUCCCCGGCUCUAGCAUGGUCCAGCCCUGGGACCCUCCCACCUUGAACCGCGUUAAACCUCCGCGGACAGCGGGCAGGGCCCUGCUGGGAGCGGUACUUACAUAACCCCCUGUCCCAGCCAGCGUUGUGUAACCGGCCCCGUGGGGCGAGGAACCGCUGCCGCACCCGCCGCCACUACAGGCCGUGGGGAAGGAGGCAGAGACUGUCGGGUGUGGUUUUCGACCCGUUCCCGGAGAAGCCCCAGUCAAGCCCCUACACUUCGAUGAGUUUGGGACUUCCUCCUCUGACUCAAUAUGCCAUUUUCUUGCAUCAAAGCUGUAUCCAGCACCCACAUUCUUGCCUGUGGAGAGAAAUGCUCAGCAGCAGGAGAGCUGGGAUCAGUGACUGUGUGACCUCCUCUUUUUGGGGUGACAUGUUGUAAAGACCCUGGAGCAUCAGCUGUGCAACCCUCAAGGGAUUUGAUAUCCUGAAAGCCAAGGGUUCCCUUCCUCUUGUAGCCAGGAUGCUGCAUCGCACCAUUCACCUUUUCCGAAAGGAGCUCCGGCUCCACGACAACCCAGUGCUGCUGGCUGCCCUGGAGUCCUCAGAGGCCCUGUACCCCGUGUACAUCCUGGACACAGCAUUCCUGACCUCCUCCAUGCACAUCGGGGCCCUGCGCUGGAAUUUCCUGCUCCAGUCCCUUGAGGAUCUCCACAAAAACUUGGGCAAGCUGGGCUCCUGCUUGCUGGUUAUUCAAGGGCAGUAUGAGCUUGUUCUUAGGGAUCACAUUCAGAAGUGGAAUAUCACUCAAGUGACACUGGAUGCAGAGAUGGAGCCGUUCUACAAGGAGAUGGAGGCCAACAUCCAGCGCCUGGGGGCAGAGCUGGGCUUUAAGGUGCUCUCCCUGGUGAGCCACAGCCUGUACAACACCCAGCGGAUUUUGGACCUAAAUGGUGGGAGUCCCCCAUUAACUUACAAGAGAUUCCUUCACAUUCUGUCUUUGCUUGGUGACCCUGAGGUGCCUGUCCGAAACCUCACAGCUGAAGACUUCCAGAGAUGUAGAGCCCCUGACCCGGGCCUGGCUGAGUGUUACAGGGUGCCUCUCCCUAUGGAUUUGAAGAUUUCCCCAGAGAGCCUUUCCCCUUGGAGAGGAGGGGAGACUGAAGGGCUGCAGCGCCUGGAGCAACACUUGACUGACCAGGGCUGGGUAACAAGUUUUACUAAACCAAGGACAAUCCCAAACUCGCUGCUUCCAAGCACCACAGGCCUGAGCCCAUAUUUCAGUAUGGGCUGUCUGUCAGUUCGGACAUUUUUUUAUAGGUUGUCAAACAUUUAUGCUCAGGCAAAGCAUCACUCUCUGCCCCCAGUGUCGCUCCAAGGGCAGCUGUUGUGGAGGGAGUUCUUCUAUACAGUAGCAUCAGCAACGCCCAACUUCACCCAGAUGGCUGGGAACCCCAUCUGCCUCCAGAUCUGCUGGUACAAGGAUGCAGAGAGGCUCCACAAAUGGAAAACGGCACAGACAGGGUUCCCAUGGAUCGAUGCCAUUAUGACCCAGCUGCGCCAGGAAGGCUGGAUCCAUCACCUGGCUCGGCACGCUGUCGCCUGCUUCCUGACACGUGGGGACCUUUGGAUCAGCUGGGAAGAGGGAAUGAAGGUGUUUGAAGAGCUGCUUUUAGAUGCUGACUACAGCAUCAACGCUGGGAACUGGAUGUGGCUGUCAGCCAGUGCCUUCUUCCACCAGUACACACGGAUCUUCUGCCCCGUCCGCUUCGGGAAGCGCACAGACCCCCAGGGCGACUACAUCAGGAAGUACUUGCCCAUACUAAAGAACUUUCCCUCCAAGUACAUCUACGAGCCCUGGACAGCAUCUGAAGAGGAGCAGAAGCAAGCAGGAUGUAUCAUAGGCCAGGAUUAUCCCUUCCCCAUGGUGAACCACAAGGAAGCCAGUGACCACAACCUGCAGUUGAUGAAACAGGUCAGAGAGGAGCAGCACAGAACAGUCCAGCUCACGAGAGAUGAUGCAGAUGACCCCAUGGAAAUAAAGGUAAAACGUGACCAUUCAGAAGAAAACAUUGCAAAAGGAAAAGUGGCCCGAACAGCAGAAUAAACCAAAAUUCCCUCAGGGGUCACCUGCUGGGUACCAAAAGAGGCAAGAGAGGAGAGCCAGGGGCCAGUUGAGCUGGCCAGCCACUGUCCUCCAUACUUUGCCCUGCUGAUGUGCCUCUUGCUUGCGACCUGACCUCAGGACACGUGUUGGAUCUUGAGUAGUUUUAGUGCAGUUAUUUUGGAUGGAAUUGUUUGUCUUUGAGUGGCUUCUGGAGCAUCUGUUGAAGCUGUUGGGUAAAUGCAAGAGGUGCGUGGUUGUGGCAGGUCCUGCUGCUGCAGCAUCCUUCAAAUCCAUGUUUUUCAUGCACAUGUAUAAAUAGAUUUUGUGAAAAAUAACUUAAUGUCAGAAGACCAUGUGCACAUUAAUGUGGUUGCACAUUAGCAUUAGGACCUUGAUUUGCUUGCCUUGUAGAGACAGACUUAGGGAUGUUCAGAUUAUUUGUUCUAAGUUCCCAGUUUAUGACUGUAGUCCCCAGUUUGGGGAGACAGAGCAGAGUGCAGCCCCUUGUACUUUGUGUAUACGUUUUAAGUCAUAAGUAGGAAUUAUUAUGCAUUUUGAGGACAAGGUUGAAAAUAUCUCACUAAAUUAGGGCUAAUAUAUAACUUUGUCACCAUAAUUCUCUUCCUUGGCUAACUAGAACUGCAGGGCAGAGAUUAAUUCUGUCAUGUACCACAUGGAAAGAUUUCUCCUUUCACUGAAAUGUAUUGUUGUGAAGUUUGACAAAGCUGGGUGAGUCAAUUAUGAUUGGGGGUUUGGGGGUAGGGAAGUGCAGUGGGGUUUUCAUGGCUGCAGGUAGUAUUCUGGGUUUGGAAAGAAAUAAA